CUAUUUCAAAAUCAAUUUCAGGCCAUAAAAGUUAGAGUGGUCAGUCGGAAAUGCUACAUUCUGCUGUUGAACAGAGCAGUUGGCGAUCUUGUCUCGUGUAUCGUCGCUUUGAUUGUCUGUGGUUACGUGCUGCUUUGGCCUGAAAUCAAUCGUGACAUGGUCAUUUUGAUGGAAUCGUUCUUCAUAGGUUCAUUUUGGUCGGCAAUGGUAUCCUACGUGGCCCUUUCAGUGCUCAAGUUGUUCGCUGUGUGGCGACCAUUUCACUAUCGGAAAUGGUUCACAAUGAAGCGCUGCAUCAACUUGAUAAUAUUUAGUUGGGUGAUGUUCAUUCUGAUGAUCAGCUAUACCCUAAGUAUUUCGGCAUUGGUGAAAAUUCCUGCACUCAAUGAAUGGUCAGGCUGUAAAAUGGAGACUUGCCUGAGAAAUAUGUACAGUGUUGUUGAUAACGUGCACAAAAGUUUGUGGACUCCUUUAAAAAGCGAGAUUCCACAAAAUCCGAAGGCGGUCGACGAGUACGGUUCCCGUUAUGGAAACUCGCACUCAACGUUGGCACCUUCGCUGUUCUCUACUUAUUUUAUGCUAUUUGGUGGGUGUGCCGCACUGCUGAUCAAUCAGGAUCAGUGCUUCUUCCAACGUAACUAUGCGGAAAUGAUGCGAAUCCUUGCGGUUGUCCGAUGCACGCUGUUGCUGCGUAUCCUUGUCGAUCCGAUACUGUCCUUCGCGACCGAUUUCCAGGUGACCAUGUUAUGCAUGAAAUUCUGGUUUUUCAAGUAA